AGGAGAUAAAGUAUCAACUCAACUAAACUUAUCCAACUCUGCAGUGUACAUUAGGGCUACCUUCUUCACACAAAAGACCAACGGGAGGAGCCGCCUGAGGGAGCAGAGGUCAGCCGCCGGUUAUCUUCAACCUCCGCCAACAUGGGUAUCUCACGAGACUCGAUGCACAAGAGGCGCGCCACCGGAGGGAAGCAGAAGACAUGGAGGAAGAAGCGAAAGUACGAGCUUGGUCGUCAGCCUGCUAACACGAAGAUCUCAAGCAACAAGACUGUAAGGAGAGUUCGAGUGAGAGGAGGCAACGUGAAGUGGAGAGCUCUUAGACUCGACACUGGAAAUUACUCAUGGGGAAGCGAAGCAGUUACUCGCAAAACUCGUAUUCUCGAUGUGGUCUACAACGCAUCAAAUAACGAGCUUGUGAGAACACAAACUCUCGUCAAAAGUGCCAUUGUUCAAGUUGAUGCAGCUCCAUUCAAGCAAUGGUACCUUCAACACUAUGGAGUCGACAUUGGUAGGAAGAAGAAAACUGCUGCUACCACAAAGAAGGAUACAGAGGAAGGAGAAGGGGCUACAGAGGAAGCAAAAAAGAGUAACCAUGUUCAGAGAAAGAUUGAGAAGCGUCAAGAAGAACGUAAGCUUGAUCCCCAUGUUGAAGAACAGUUUAGUUCUGGAAGGUUGUAUGCUUGCAUUUCUUCUCGACCAGGUCAAUGUGGUAGAGCCGAUGGAUACAUUUUGGAAGGAAAGGAGCUUGAGUUCUAUGUGAAGAAGCUUCAAAGAAAGAAGGGAAAAAGUGCUGGUGCUGCAUUUUGAGAGUGUUGAGCUCUUUUGGUAUGUUUUUGGUUGUUUCAUUUACGUAGUUAAACCAAUUUUAAUCGUUUUAGUUGCAUGUUAUCUUUGAUCAUUUCAUAAAGUUUAUAAGAUUUUGAUUUGCGCA